AUGGGCAAAAGACAAGCGAGUCCCGCCUACGUCCUAGGCGUAGGCAUGACCAAGUUCAUCAAGCCACGCGGUAAGGUCGACUACACCGAGCUAGGCUAUGAAGCUGGUAUCAAAGCCAUGCUCGACGCCAAGAUCAACUACGACGACGUUGAUCAGGGUGUCGCAUGCUACGUCUAUGGUGACAGUACCUGUGGCCAGCGUGUCUUUUAUCAAUUCGGUCAAACCGGUAUCCCUAUCUACAAUGUCAACAACAACUGCUCGACGGGCUCGACGGGCCUCGCCAUGGCCCGCCAGAUGGUCUCACACGGUGCUGCGGACUGUGUCCUGGUUGUCGGUUUUGAAAAGAUGAGCCCUGGUAGCUUGCAAUCUGUGUACAACGACCGCGAGGGCCCUAUCAGACUGUUCAGCACGAUGAUGGCCGAAACCCGUGGUGUGACCAAUGCCCCUGGAGCUGCACAGAUGUUUGGCAACGCUGGUGUGGAAUACAAGGAGAAGUACGGAGCCAAGAACGAAGACUUCGCGGAAAUCGCGCGCGUGAACCACGAGCACUCAAAGCGCAACCCCUACUCGCAGUUCCAGACCGAAUACACCCACGAGCAAAUCAUGAAAGCACCCAUGAUCCAUGAGCCCCUGACCAAGCUCCAAUGCUGCCCGACCUCAGACGGCGGUGCCGCGGCCGUGGUAGUGUCGCAGGAGUUCCUAGAUGCCCGACCUCACUUGAAAGAAAAUGCCAUUCUCAUCGCAGGUCAAACUAUUGCCAGCGACAUUGACACGGUCUACAGCCAAAGCUCAAUUGAUCUGAUGGGCUUCGGUAUGACGCGCAAGGCAUGCCGGACCGCGAUCGCAGAGGCCGGUGUCAAUGUUAAGGAUAUCAAGGUCUGCGAGCUGCAUGACUGCUUCUCAGCUAACGAGAUGAUCACGAUCGAUGCACUGGAGCUGAGUGAGCCUGGUAAGGCUCAUGAAAUGGUUCGUCGGGGGGAUAUUACCUACGGUGGUAAGAUGGUUAUUAACCCGUCUGGUGGUCUGAUUUCCAAGGGCCACCCCCUGGGUGCGACGGGUAUUGCCCAGUGUGCCGAGCUGGUCUGGCACCUGCGUGGUUGGGCUAACAACCGUCUGAUCGAUGGUACUUCCUCGGCGUUGCAGCACAACCUUGGUCUCGGCGGCGCUGUUGUGGUCACUGUCUACAAGCGUGCUGAUGGAAAGGUUUCUGCUGCUGUGCCUUCUGACGUCGUUGCGAAGAUCAAUGGUUUGGGCUACAACCCUGCCGUGGAAGCCAAGGGCUUCACAGCCGAACAGGCCAAGUCUGUGGUCAGCAAGAGCCACAGCGUUGCGUAUGCGCUGGCCGACACGGAGGAGCGGGUCCUCGCCAGAUUCUAG